AUAAGGUGGGUUCAAUUCUCUGAAAGUUAUCAGUGAUUUUCGAGUCAUCUCAGUGCUUAAACGUAUCAAGCCAAAAAAAUCUUUUACCAAACCAUUUCCAAAAUGUUCAAAUUGUUCGUUGUAUCGUGCUUCUUGAGUGUCGCUGCGGCUGCACCAGGACAUAUUAUCCACUCGUCACCAGUAGUCCACACGAUUGUUGCCGAACCCGUUCAUGUCCAUUCAGCUCCAGUAGUGCAUGCAACUCCGGUUGUUCAUGCCCAUCCAGUCGCCAUAUCCCACCACCCAGUCGCCGUUAGUCAUUCAUCAUCGCACGUCGUUCAUCAUUCAGCCCCAGUUGCUAAAGUAGUUGCCACACCAGUUGUUGCCCAUCACGUAGCCCCUGUCCAUGUUUCUCAUCAUGAAGUCCAUCCAGUACAUCACGACUCCCACUCAGCCCAUCAUGAAGCCCAUUCAGUACACCACGAAGUCCAUCCAGUUCAUCUGGUUCCCGUUGUGAAAACUGUUGUCCCAGUGGUGAAAACAGUUGUUCCCGUCGUCCACUCUGCACCAGUUUCUCAUCACUCUUCCUCAUCGUCCGUGGUACACCAUCCCAGCCCAGUUGUGCAUCACAGCAGCCCAAUAAUUGCUGUUCAUCAUCAUUAAAUUGGAUGAUUCGAAUGGAUCCCAACAAUGGAGCUAUUUGGAUUUUUACCGAAUAGAGCUAAAGAGAUCAAUUUAAUGUAAAAAGAAUUCAGAGAAAUAAAGUUUUUUUUUAA